UUGUAGUUGUUGUUGUUGUAGUUGUUGUUGUUGUAGCCGUUGUCGUUUGUGGUGCCUUGUCCUUUUCCCGAGCCAACUGCUUUUGGACGCGGUGGCAGUGGCAGUGGCACCGCACUCAGCACAGCACUCCUGCUCCCGAUUCGAAUGUGUGUGGUAACUUUUAAUUAUUUGCGAAUGUUGGCGCCAGACGGCGAGAUGCGAUGCGAUCCUGUCCAGGACUGUCGCCCGUUUCAUCCUGUCUCCUUUCCUUCAUUGAUUUCGCUGACCAGAAGCUUAGGCUAGCGGAGGGUGGGGUUUAGAAUGAGGAGGGUUUGGGGGUUGGGGGGUGUUGCGCCGGUCAAGGCGAAGGCAGCGCCAAAAUCCAAAGGCCCCAUAAACUUUGAGCGCCAUAAAAUCUGCUGGCAGUGCCAUAAAAAUUCCCACAGCGGGAGUUGGAGACUUUGGAGACUGUACCAGAAUUCCUUUACUCCGCCAAAUCCAACGGUACCCCGCUCACUACUCCCAUACACCCGUCCCUUUCCCACCCGUGCAGGCAAACGCAUAAAACUAACGCAGCGUAAACGCCGCCGUCGUUGUCGUUGUCAUCUGUCUUCUCGUUACGUUAUUUCUUUUUGGCAGCUUCAGCACAAAAUUUAUCUUAUUUAUUUGUUUGACUGAAAGCCAACUCAACGGAUGCCGGGGAAAUUGCUGAAUUUUGAUGCUUGACUGAUUGCCACCCAAAACAUAUCUUUAAAUUUGUUCCCCCACUUCGUGCUCGAUAUUUUAGCCUAGUUCUACGUAACCUAAUUCCACAUUAGCUUUGUGUAGGAGUUCGCGAUCUGGCAACGCUUGAAAUGCGUGAAAUAUAUCGUGUGAAGGCGGGAUGGCAAGACGAUUUAUUAUUUGGUGAGAAGGUGUGACAGAGCGAGAUGGCUAUAAAGCUGCAGGUGUCAACCUGUCUUUUCUUGCAUUAAAGUCUGUCUUCCUUGUGCUUUUCCAAAUUUCAGUCUUUCACUCGGAAGAACUCAAGACACUCACAUCUAUUUCGUAAUCUGAUUUUUUACCAAACAUCCGUCAAGCAAAAUUGAUUUUGUGUACUUUUAAAGUUAACCAAAGUGUCAUUUAACAUUAUUUUCGGACUAUUUCUUAUGCUUGAGGUCUAAAAAAAUGGUGGCCAGUAAAUCUCGUCAAUUAGCCCGCAAGAAUCCACGGCCCUGCAGGCUGGAUUUGUUGUGGCCGGAAGUGCCAAGGUCACGCCAGCUGCCCGAGGAGACAGGCGCCUUAGCCCAAUUCAAAUUCGAGCCGAACGCUUCCAAUCCGCAGGAGAAGCCGCCGCUGAAGCCGCAAAAAGUUGACCUCAUGACGAUGGCAGAAGGCACCGACCCCAUGGGGCAUGGUCACCACGCGAAUCCGCACAAUCCGCCUCCGCAGCCGCCGCAGCACCACCCGCACCACCUGUCCCUGCCCCACCCGCCGCCGCCGGCGCCGCCACCACAGCUGCUGAACUUCAACCACCAGCAGUAUCUGCCACCACACAUGUAUCCUGCGCCCGCGUCAGCGGCUCAAUCCCAUUCCCACUACGGUGGCCUCCAGUAUCCGCAUCCGCAUGCCCUGCAGCACCAGCACCACCAGCAGGCGCCGCACCACCACCACCAUCAACACCAGCACCACCUGCCGCUGGCGCUAAGUCUCCACCAGCAGGCGGCGGCUGCGGCGGCGGUGGCCGCAGCGGUGGCCACCACCAACCACUCGAACAACAACAACAACAACAACAAUCAGGCCAGCGUGGCCAACAACAACAUUGUGGUUCCGUGGAAGCAGCGCAAGCGCAAGAGGCUCUCGGCGGUGCUGGACAAGCUGCACCACCACAAUAACAACAACAACAAUAACAACAAUGAGACCCACUCGAAUGGUCUCGCCUGCAAGGCGGAACCCAUGGAAAUGGAGGAGGAUCUGGCCGAAGAGCAGGACGAGGAGGACCACGAUGGCUCCUUGCCGGACGAAGAGGAGGACGAGGAUGCGGAGGACGCAGAGGCGGAUCCAGGAAAGUACAUCAAAAGCGAACAGCCGGUCAGCGAGGACGAGGAGAACGGCGAUCCGGAGAUGGAUAACGAUCCGGAGGACAUUUCCGGCGAGGAUCUCGAGCUGUCGCACAGCGAUGACAACGACCAUGAUCAGGAUCAGGAUCAGGACAGUCCCCGGAUCAGCAUGAGUCCGCUGCAGCUGCAGGCCUCGCAGGGCAACCUGCCACGCGGACCCGAGGAUCCCAGUCAGCCGCUGAACAAGGAGAACCCCCUGCACGUGGACAUCAAGACUGAGAUGCCGAGCAGCCCGUACGAUCGAUACUUUCCGAUACCAUCGCCCCUGUUCGGUUACUACCUGCACACCAAGUAUCUGAACGAGGUGUUCCGCCGGCGCCACGAUCUCUAUCCCUCGCCCCUGCAGCACACGCCCUCCUCGAUCGCCUCCGAGACGGAGACCUCGCCCACUUCCCAGGAGCGCAAGAGCGGCGGCUCCUCCGGCCACAUGCUGCCCCACGCCCUCCUGGCCAACAACUCGCCGCCUCCCUCGCUGCCCUCGCCACCGCGCAGCGAAUCCUCGGUGGGCAACAGCAAUGUGGCGAGCAGCACCACUGGCGGCACCACCACUACAACCACCACCGCCGCCGCCGCCACCAAGAAGAGGUCGAGUCCCAAGCCGCGGGGCAAGAAGGGCGAGAAGAAGCCGAUGCCGCCGCCGCAGGAGCGUCCCUUGGAUCUGUGCGUGCGCCACGAGGUGGAGACCAAGAAGUACAAAAAGUCCAGCUCCAAGUCCCUGAAGUCCUCGCAGGAGUCGUCCGGUCGGUCGGCCGGCAUGAUGCCACCGCCGCCGGCACUGAGUGCCGCCAGCAGCCUGGAGAGCAUGAGCGCCCUGUCGCCGGCGUCGAGCAGCCACUCGGGUCACAUGCCCAUCACCACGGCGGCGACGCCCAACCACCAGCCACCGCCCAACUCGCCAUACGCCAAUGCGAUGAACGCCGCCCAUGCGGCGGCGGCGGCAGCGGCGGCGGCGAUGAUCAAGAUGGAGAUGCCAUUGCAUCCGCUGCACCACCAGCAGAUGCACCACUCGCAGGUGCCCACCACCACGGUGGGUGUGCCGGUGAUCAAGGGCGAUGUCGCCUCGCCGACGACCAAGGAAACGGUGGCCUGGCGCUACAAUCUCGAUGUUUCGCCGGUGGUGGAGGAGAUGCCACCGGGGUCGGAUGUGGCCUAUGUGUGCCCCACCUGCGGCCAGAUGUUCUCGCUGCACGACCGGCUGGCCAAGCACAUGGCCUCGCGGCACAAGAGCCGGAAUCCCGCCAACGAUAUUGCCAAAGCCUACUCGUGCGACGUGUGCCGGCGGUCCUUUGCCCGCUCCGACAUGCUUACCCGCCACAUGCGCCUCCACACGGGCAUCAAGCCGUACACGUGCAAGGUGUGCGGCCAGGUGUUCUCCCGCUCCGACCACCUGUCCACCCACCAGCGCACCCACACCGGCGAGAAGCCCUACAAGUGCCCCCAGUGCCCGUACGCCGCCUGCCGGCGCGACAUGAUCACCCGCCACAUGCGGACCCACACGCGCUACGACUCCCGGGGCGGUUCGUCCAGGGAGGGACGCGAGGGCCGGGAGAGCCGCUCGGAGUCGCGCCGCAGUGGCGAGCGGCUGGAGGAGCCCAAGUCGCCGCCAAGCAACAGCCAUCCCCUGCUCGACAUGAAGAUGAACAUGAACAUGGGCAUGGGCAUGGGACUGAACAUGGGUCUGCCCAUGAACCCGAUGAGCCUGCUGCAGGAGGAGCUGCUGCAGAAGUCGCAGCCGGGUCUCAGCCUCGGCGGACCCAUGCCCAUUGUGGUCAAGACGGAGAGCGCCUAACGGUAUCUGCUGGCAGGAGCAGCCAGGCGUUUCAUGACCUGUUAGGCAUUAUCCUUGACCAGGAGCCCCCAGCUUAGUGCUAAAAAUCUAAAGGAGAUGAAAACAGGAAUCGUAUAAAGAUAUAUAUUUACUAGAGCAGUUUGUACUUGUACCGGAAAUCUCUGCGAAGACUGAGGAACCUUAAUACUACCUACAGUUUAGAUAGGCUAGCGAAGCAUCAACUAAUUAUUUUUGUAACGAGAGUUCGAGGAGAGCUAGAGGGCAGCACUCAAGACCACCCAACGUAUUAGCACUUAAACUAGUUCUAGUUGCUAGAUCCCCUCGCGUUUGACGAGCCCUCAGGAGUUUAGAUAGCCGGGAUCUUCGAUACAGCUAGCAAUUCCAUGUUCCACACUUAGGCUAUAUACUAUACACUAUCAUAUACAUAGAUCGAUCGGUCGAUCAAUAUAGGCGGUUGGAUCCUUCAGGCGAUCUGACCUCUCAGCAUUUUGAGCAACGUUGAAAUUACUAAGCUAGACUCGCUACUUAGGCUAAUAGGCGUGCCACAUCGGCAGAAAGGCAUUCGUUUUAGUUAACUCUUAAUUUAUUGGUAACCUUACUCAGCAGCAUGUAAACUUAUACCACAACGAUUUGUAUUAAUUUAAUUUUACUCUAGUUAAUUAAUUUAGUGAUAGCCUACAGAAAAACACAAACAAAAGACAAAGAAUUCUCCCUAGGGCUCAAAAAAAAGGAACACAAAAAAACCAAUUUCUAUGGAAAUCUUAAAUGAAAAGCAAUCGCUAAACAAACAAAAAAACAUUUCCUUUUUUUGUUUAACAAAAAACACACUGUUAAAUUAACAUUAUCUUUGUAAUUGAUUUAACGCUCGCUCUUCUACUAUUUUACUACUUUUUGUUUUCAUGAAAUGAAAUAAAAACCUUUAAGUUUUCUUUAGUUCAUAAACCAUCUUUGGAUCGGACACACCUCACCCCUUCCGGAUCCUCGAGUGGGGACAGGUUAACCCGUUUGUCCCCCGGGGGUCGGAAAUCCCCUUCGGGGUUGUUUCCAUGUUUCAAGUUAAAGUUUUUCGUUAUUUAUUAUAAAAAAAAAAAGAAACAAAGCCCCGACUCCCGCUUAUUGAUUAUUAGUUCUUAGUUAAACGUUUAAAUAAAUUAUUAACUUAUGUUAUUCUAGUUGGUUAUGAUUAGCUCUUAGUUGAAGUUUUUCACAAAAUAAAUUAAAACAAAGUCUACACACAGAUGGACAAUGUCAAAGAAAACAGA